AUACCAAACGGACCCUAAAUGGUUUGUUACACUUUGUGGUAGGUUUCAUUUGUGUCAUGAACUAAACGAUCUUGUUGUAGUAAAUUUUCGGGUAAUAAUCCUUCAUUUCUGUUAGAAGUGUGUCAAAAUAUGUAUGAUACCAAUAUAUUUGGGGCCAUAUAGUUCUCCGUUAGGUCUGGGACGGGAUCCUAGAUCCUACCACCGAGAGCCCUCUUGCCCAAAAUGUUGUAAUGAUCAUUGAAGUUUUUUUGUCAAUGUAUUUGAUCAUUGAAGUACUUGCAUUGUGUCUCUCUAAAUGCAUUGAAGUUACUGCUUUCAUUACCGGAAGCGGAAAUGGUUUUCGUCGGGCUCUUGAUAUCGGCGACGAAGCUUGCCGGUGUGCUCCUGACGCUCUCAGUAGCUGCCAAUGCGUUUUCCUAUAACGCUUACCGCAAGAGGAAUCUCAAACCUUUCACUUCCCCGAUCGACGAGUCCUCCGAUGUCCUCGCCGUCUUCGACAUUAAUCCCGCCGAAGGUGAGAAGGGAUUCUUCUUUGGAUUGGCAACUGCACCAGCACAUGUGGAAGAUGGGCUUAAUGAUGCUUGGCUCCAGUUUGCUCAAGAGGCUCCUUGCAAACAAUCAGAGUCAAACAAAGAGUCAAACAAUGAACCCCAACUAGUAGAUGCACUAUUGGCUUCUGCUACAGGUGAUGGUGGCACUCAACAAGCCUCAUCAUUACCAAGGGCUGUAUCGCCAACUAUAAAAAGAAGAAAGUCAGUUAAGAUUGCUAUGGAGGCAAAAAUUAGAGGAUAUGAAAAGUACGUAGAAGUAGAAGAAACUGCACCUGCCGAGGCAUGCCAGCAUGCCGUUGCUGCAUGGCAUAAUGUUCCAUGCCCAGAAGAAAGGUUAAGGUUUUGGUCUGAUCCGGACACAGAAUUGAAGUUGGCAAAAAAUACUGGAGUCCAAGUGUUCAGGAUGGGAAUUGAUUGGACAAGAAUCAUGCCGAAGGAGCCCAAAAAUGACCUACAAGAAUGUGUCAAUUAUGCUGCACUGGAGAGAUACAAAUGGAUUGUAAAUAGAGUGAGAUUUUAUGGUAUGAAGGUGAUGUUGACUUUAUUCCAUCACUCACUCCCACCUUGGGCUGGAGAAUAUGGAGGGUGGAAGAUGGAAAAGACCAUUGACUACUUCUUGGAAUUUACCAGGCUUGUGGUUGAUGCCGUAUCAGAUGUCGUGGAUUACUGGGUAAUAUUCAAUGAGCCUCAUGUGUUCUGUAUGCUCACUUACUGUGCAGGAGCUUGGCCUGGUGGUAAUCCUGAUAUGCUGGAAGUUGCUACUUCUGCAUUACCCACAGGUGUUUUCAACCAAGCCAUGCACUGGAUGGCAAUUGCACACUUAAAGGCCUACGAUUACAUCCAUGAAAUGAGGUUCACAGUUUUUCUUCUUUCUUCACAUAAUGUCUCCUUUAAUAUUUUUAAGUUAGAACUCGAUUUGGUCCCUCGACUAUAUACCUAUUGUUACUAAAUUUCUCCUCGGUUUUCUUUUAGACUAGUUGGUGCUCAACUAUGCAAUUUGCAUUCUAUUUAGUCCUCAUGUGUAUUCUGCCAAAAUUAACAGGGGUAUUUUCGUAUGGCCCGGUUAAAAUGACACCGGCUUCAGGUGUCAUAUUAUGAGACUGGCCAAUUUAAGGCUUCAACGGUGUUCCGUUCAACCCUAAAGUGGUUCCUACCCCCCUAACCCAAUAAACCCCUGACCCUAGCCCAACCCCUCCAAUUGCACUGCCCAAAUUUAGUUGGCUUUGGGGUAUUUUUUUCACCAUAGGGUCCAGUGGGGUUGGAGGUGCGCUCAGUUGCACAAAAAAUCUCAGUCGAAAAACAUUUACAAUAACUUGUGGACAAAAACUAAAAAUAAUACUGAGUAUACAAUUCUCAUCUACUAUAUACAACCAAGCCAAAUAGUCCACAAAUAUAGUAUUAAAAAUGAACAGCCACUGCCCCACUUUGAAUCUUCAGAUUUUUCACACAUGGCAACGAUGAUAUUCCCCGUUAAGCCACCUCAAGAUGCGUUCUUAUACUUCGAUGCCUCAAACAUUAAAAUCCCAAAAACCACUGUAUCAUAAUCCGGGGUUUAUCGAUACCAUCACAGCCACAUAAAUAUACACAUGCGCACCCACAAAACCGUUUCUCAUGAAAAUCUUACACUAUACCAAGCAAAACGAGCAGGGAGGUUUUCGUAUCCAUGGAUAUGUAUAUCAAACUUUAUAUGGCAUUUAGCCUUACACCAGUUUUUACAGAAAUGCGUAUAUGUAUUUUACAAUAAAGGCUCAGAUUUUGA